AACUAGAUAAACACGUCGCCUCUCUCUCUCCGUGUGACUACUUUCAUUGUAAGGCAUACAGCAAGCAUUCUGCUGAUCUCACAAGCAGUGAUUCUUGCUAAACUGUUCAUAAAUGGGAAAAACAGAAUUUUGUGCGUACAAAGCAUCUUCUCACCACAAGGUGCUGAUGCUUCUGUUUUUUGUCAUACUCUGUUUAUCCUUUUUCCCUCCAUUGUCUUCUUCUUCGAGUCUGUCUUUCGACUUCUACACAGGUACGUGCCCGGCUGCUGAAAUGAUGGUGAAAGACACAGUGAGAUCAGCUUCUGAUUUGGAUCCAACAAUCCCUGGGAAACUCCUUCGCUUGCUCUUCCAUGACUGCUUUGUCGAGGGCUGCGAUGCUUCUGUGCUAUUACAAGGAAAUGGAACUGAGUUAAGCGAUCCAGCUAAUAAAUCACUUGGAGGAUUUUCAGUGAUAGACGCAGCAAAAAGAGUGCUGGAAAUCUUUUGCCCCGAAACAGUUUCUUGUGCUGAUAUACUUGCAUUGGCUGCUAGAGACGCAGUUGAAUUCGCAGGAGGUCCAAACAUUCAGAUUCCAACAGGGCGGAGAGAUGGUAGGAUUUCUCUGGCUGCAAAUGUGAGACCAAACAUCAUAGACACCAGCUUCACAUUGGAUGAGAUGGCCAAGGUUUUUACUGCCAAGGGAUUGUCUAUGGAUGACAUUGUUACACUCUCAGGAGCCCACACAAUUGGAACAGCUCAUUGCAGCUCAUUCAACGACCGGUUCAAGCUGGACUCAAAUGGAAAUCUCACAUUGAUUGAUUCAUCUCUGGACAGACAAUACGCGGCCCAUCUAACAAAAAUGUGUCCUUCCGGUGCUAUUGAUGAUUCUGUUACGGUGAGCAACGAUCCGAGCACGCCUCUCCUGUUCGACAACCAGUACUACAGGAUUUUGCUUGAACACAAGGGUCUGUUCCAAUCAGAUUCUGCUCUGCUUAAUGAUGAAAGAACAAGGAACAGAGUGCUGGAAUUUGCAAACAAUCAAGAUAGUUUCUAUGAGAGGUGGGCUGUAUCCUUUUCGAAACUUACUGGCAUUGGAGUGAAGACGGAUGAUGAGGGCGAAAUUCGACAAUCUUGUUCUCUGUCUAACAAUAGAUGAAGUCAUGAUCUGAUAGAAAAAGAACUCUUGUUUUAGAAUCUUGUCAUUAUACUCAAGGUAGGAGUUUUGGUUGUUAUAAAUCAUAGAUUAUGGUAAUGGUAUGAGUAUAUUAUAAUCUGUGUUGGAUUUGUAGAAUUUGAGAAAAACUGAGUUUGACUUCCGAACGAUUUAAAACGUGCAUUGAGA